AUGUCAUUGUUCUAUCCAUGUCAUUAUUCGUCAAUUCAAUAUCAUAAUUCAUUAUCAAUAUUACAAUGUGAUUUUUGUUCAUGUUUAAUUCAACAAUCAUCACAACAAUCUUUAACAAAUCUUUGUAUAUUACUUAUGAAUACUAAUGAUAAAAAAAUGGAAAUAUGUAUGAAAAAUAAUGAGAAUAAUCGUCUUGAAGAAUUUUUAUUAAAAUUAAAUUUAAUUGAAUAUGAAAUACGACAACAAUUAUCAUUAUUUUAUACUCAAAUACAUCAACGUCAAGAUAGAGAAUUUGAAUCACCAUUAGAAUUAUAUAAUUUAGAAUUAAAUACAAAAAUAUUUUAUCAAUUAUUUAGACAUUUUUGUUCACAUAAUUUUACAAAAAUAACAUUUUAUCGUUUACAUUAUAAUACAAUGGCAUAUGAUGAAGAACAACAACAACAUUUCUGUCGUAUAUCACAUCCCUAUUCUUUACGUUAUUUAAAUUCAUUUUUUAACGAUUAUUCAAUAACAUUAUCUCAUCAUAAUCAUCAACAAACAUUGAUAUUUUAUAAUUCAACAUUAAAUCUAACAUCAUUGAAUACCACAGCUCAUAUUUUAUCUUUUUACUAUGUUGAUUUUAUAAGUAAAACAUUUUCACUUUCGUCAUUGUCAUCAUUGAUUCAUCUAACAAUAUCCUAUUCUCAUAUAUCCUCAUCAUUUUUUACAUUAAGCGGUUUAUUUGAACGUCUAUUAUAUCUUGAUUUAUGCGGUAAUGAAUUAACAAAUGAUAAAUUAAUAGAAUUAAUACAAACAAUGGAAGCACCAGAUUUAAUAUCAUUAAUAUUAUCUAAAAAUAAAUUGACUAUAUUAACAAAUCUAUUUAAACAUUUAUCAACAAUAAGAUAUUUAGAUUUAUCAUUGAAUGAAAUAAAAUCAAUUGAUUAUUUUACAUUUAAAGAUAUAUAUUCUUUAAAUUCUUUAAAUUUAAGUUAUAAUUUAAAUAUUGAUAUUAAAUUGGAUACAUUCAAUCGAAUACCUUAUCUUGAAAUAUUAGAUAUCAGUAAUUGUCAAUUAAAACAAUUAUCGUCUGAACAUUUAUUUACACCAUUACAAAAAUUACGAUAUUUAAAUUUAACAAAUAAUCAUUUAAUAAAUAUUAUACGAUUACCAAUUCCAUAUGAUUCUUAUUCUAUAUUUUCUAAUAAUUUUGAUAAUAAUCUACCGAUACUCUAUAUAGAUUUAUCACAUAAUGAUAUUGAUAUGAUUGAUUAUGAACGGUUAACAUCGACACAAGAACGAUAUGUUAUUAAUUUAAAUUUAGAAUUUAAUAAUAUAAAAACAGUACAAUUUCAACAAAGAAAACGUGGUCCAAUGAUAGAACUCAAUAUUAAUAAUAAUAGAAUCUAUUGUGAUUGUACACUCUAUGAAAAUUUGGAUGCUCUACAAAAAAUAGAUGAGACAACAUAUCAUACGUCUCUUAACGAUCCAUCAUUCCAGACCAAUUUUUUCCAUCCAUUGCAACCAUUACAAGUACCUAGUUUUAGAAAUCAACUUCCACCAUCAGUGAAUCCAAUUUCUAAUCGUUGGCAACCAGUCAAAUAUCAUCGACGACGACAACUACUACCAUAUCCCGUACAAUCCAUUGAUUUCAAUUAUCCAUCAAUCAACAAUGUACCAAUAACUCUUACAAAUGAUGUUGAAUUAAAUCAACGAUUAUCUGCAAAUUUAUUAAAAUUAUCUCGUAUAAAAUUAUUAAAUCAAAGUAAUUUAAAAUGUAUCGAUUAUAUUGAUUCAUCAAAUUCUUAUUCAUUAGUAAAUCUAAAUUCAUCUAAUACUUAUUGUACAUACAAUGAUUUUUGUCCUCAAAAAUGUUCAUGUUGUACAUUUGAAGCAUGCGAUUGUCGUCUAUUAUGUCCAUUAAACUGUAAUUGUAUUCAUUCAACAGAUUGGAUCUAUAAUGCUGUUAAUUGUUCUUCGAAAACUUUAUCACAGAUACCAUAUUUUAUCCCUUUAACAGUAACAAAUUUAUAUUUAGAUAAUAACCAAAUUGUUACUAUUCCAUCAUCAUCAAAUCAAACACAUAAAAAAAAUACAUUAAAUCAUCUAAAGUAUCUUAAAAAUCUAUCGUUAAAAAAUAAUUUAAUAGAAAAAUUGAAUGGUCAGGAAUUUUUUUCAAUGGAAAAUUUAGAAUAUUUAGAUUUAUCAUCAAAUAAAUUAGAUUCAAUAAAUGAAAAAACAUUUUCUUAUUUAACAAAUUUAAAAUCAUUAUCUCUAUAUAAAAAUUAUUGGCAACCAAAAUUUUAUUCAUCAAUUAAUUAUUUUCAAUCAAAUGUAAAAUUGAGAACGUUAAGCUAUGGUAAAAAUAAUGAUCUUAUUUAUUAUUGUAAUCGUACAUAUGAUACAUUAACGAUGACAAUAAUAAUUGAUGGUGAUUAUUGUUGUAAAAAUAAUUUUUAUAGUGAAUCAUGUAAAAAACCACAUGAUCAACAUUUAAUUUCAGGAGAAAAUUUGAAAAAUUAUGAUCAAAAUGAUUCUACUAUAUAUUCAAAUCGAUUUCUAUCAAUAUUAUUUGAUAAAAAAUAUCGAUACUAUUUUAUUAUUGGCGGUAGUAUAUUUUUAUUUUUGAUAUUUUGUAUGAUUAUUAUUUGUAUAAUAUGUAUUGUUUGUUGUCGUCAAAAACGUCAUCAAUCAACGAAAAUAAAAACACGUACAACCGUUGCAAAAAAAUUAAUUAAUUCACAAAUAAAUAAUAAUCAUUAUCAUAAACCUAGUACUACAUCUACACAGCCAACAAAUCAAACAGCUAUACAAAAACUUUUAUUAUCAACAAAACAAAAGGUAGCAUAUGAACAACAAGAAAAUGAUGCAUCAUUUUCUGAUGAAAAUGAAAAUGAAUCUCAACAAUAUGCAUCUAUUCCAUUGAGUGUAUCAAAUACAAAUUUAGAUAUAAAACAGAUACAACAACCACAAUGUCCACCAUUACCACCUCCAAGACACAGUAAUCGACCAGUAUUACAUUCAUCAAGUGCAAUACAAACAUCAAUACGUUCAAUUAAUCCACCAGUACAACAGCGAACAUCUCUUCUUAAACGAAAUAGUUCAAUAAAUUCAAAUAAAUCAACAAUAUUACAACAAAAUUUUAUGACACGUUCAUGUUUAACAAUUAAAUUAGAUGCAUUAAUAUUAUAUUCAAUUGGUGAUAGCGAAUAUGUUCAUAAUCAUAUUGGAAAAACAUUAGAAGAUAUUUAUUGUAAACGUUUUAGUUUUUAUUUUUUACAUCGAGAUCGAAUGAUUGGAGAUUUAGAAUGGUUAAUCAACAAUUCGUGUGUUAUUAUCAUUAUAAUAAAAAAACCGUACAAUACCAUAAAUGAUUAUAUGAAAAUUUUAACUACAUCACCGUUAAAACGUUUUGUUAUUUUAAUUGAUAAUAAUGGAAAUAGAACAUCAAAAACAUCAUCAUCUUUAUCAUUGUUACAAAAAAAAGAAGAAAAAAUCGCACGUUUAUAUAAAACACAAGAAGUUUACGAAUGGUGUGAUCCCGAUUUACAUGAAAAAUUAGAAAUAUUUUUAGAAAAUAAUUGUGGUUCAGCUACCUAUGUACCAUGUUAA